AUGAACUCUUUCCUGGAGUACCUGUCGCGGGGCGGGGACAGCUUGAGUUUAACCGGGAAGUUUAGCAGCGCAGAGCCCGGCAGCGUGGCUUUGAGGCCGCCCUGCGCCCUGUCAGCCGGCGGGGACGGCGCUUACCCGGGUCCCACCGCGGGAAGCUUGCCGGACUUCUCCAAGCGCUUGGCGCCUCACCACCAGGCGCCCCGGCUCCAGCCUCAACAGCUGCCGCCCUGCGCGCUUACCUCGCACGUUUUCCCCUCGGCCGACUUCAACCUGCUCCGUCCCGAGGCGCCCUACGGGGCUCCGGAGGAGAGCGCUCCGCUGCAUUACGCCACGUCCAUUUUCCCGGGCGGCGGCGGCGGCGGCGGCGCCUACCUGCAAAUGGAUUAUACCGCGCUCGCCGAGACCUUUCAGCCUUGCCCUAAGGGUGCGCUGCUGCGGCCGCCGCCCCCGGAUCUCUGCCCCAAGGCCAGCGGCCAAGCGGCGGCUAGCACUUUCGAGUGGAUGAAAGUCAAGAGGAACGCGCUCCAGAAAAGUAAACCCACAGCUUGUGGGUCUUCCAGUCUUCCUAACAUGGUGAGAACCAAUUUCAGCACUAAGCAACUGACCGAAUUGGAGAAAGAGUUCCAUUUCAAUAAGUACCUCACCAGAGCCCGGCGUGUGGAAAUAGCAAAGUCUCUGGGCCUCAAUGACACUCAAGUGAAAAUCUGGUUCCAAAACCGGAGGAUGAAGCAGAAGAAAAGAGAAAGGGAAGGAAUAGUGCUUCCUGGAGUACCUACUCAACUCUCUCCUUCAGUAUCCAGCCCCAGACAUUCAGGGAUGUGCUCUGUGGCCCCUUCCCCUACCAAAAGCUCACCUUAA